AUGCUGUUGCAGUUGGCAGACCUGCUUGCGGCGGCCACGCCACGUCAGCCGCGGCGCUACUUGGUGACCCGGUCACGGCGCCUCGCAGCCGGCACUUUCACUGCUGCCACCACCACCACCGCCUCGGCGCCACCAUUCAUGACCGCGCUCGCUAGAGCCAGAUUCCCACCUGCAGUAGCCACCGAUCCAGUGGCUGCCUUCUCCCAGCCAGCGCGGCACGCAUCUGGGAAAAUAGCGGUGACGUCACGCGACGCCUAUGUCUCGGCACCAGGCGGGCAGCGCAGCGGCAAAGGCGGGCAGGGCAGCGGCAAAGGCGGGCAGGGCAGCGGCAAAGGCGGGCAGGGCAGCGGCAAAGGCGGGCAGGGCAGCGGCAAAGGCGGGCAGGGCAGCGGCAAAGGCGGGCAGGGCAGCGGCAAAGGCGGGCAGGGCAGCGGCAAAGGCGGGCAGGGCAGCGGCAAAGGCGGGCAGGGCAGCGGCAAAGGCGGGCAGGGCAGCGGCAAAGGCGGGCAGGGCAGCGGCAAAGGCGGGCAGGGCAGCGGCAAAGGCGGGCAGGGCAGCGGCAAAGGCGGGCAGGGCAGCGGCAAAAACGAGAAGUAG